UUGUUGAUGGGGAAUGAAGUCCCCUAUAGAUCUCAACAACAGUAAUUAUACUUGUGAUGAGUUACCUCCAAGUUCGAUUAUAAAAUGGCCAGGUGUGCAUCUGAUUAGUAUUGAUUCGAUCAAAGACUCCAAAAUUGGUGUUGGAAUCGAGAAUUCUGUGGAUGGUGUGCGCACUGUUGGAAUUAUUUUGCAAAUAAAUGAAGAGGGAGUAAUUACUGGAAUUAAUGAAUGUUGUAGUUCUGGAAAGGAAAAUCUGCGCUUUAAGCUUAAAAAUGUUGAUUUGGUUGUUAAACGAAGCGAGCGUUAUGAUGGCAAAUUUAAUAAUGAUGAGAACAUUGAACGUCUCGUUUUGGAAGUCAAGCCAUUCAGUCGUUUACCCACAUCUUCUUGGAAAGCUCUAAUUCAGGCGCGUUUGUAUGUUGCGGAAUAUGGUGGUUCUUUUCGUUUGGUGAUGGGGGAAGUGUUUGAAUUGUCAACAAAUUGUUCUGACCCUCCUUUGGAAUUGAGAAUUGAUCAAAAAAUAUUUGCUAUUAAAUUGGAAAUGCGUUACAUAAAUGAAAAUUAUCGCGAAAUGCCUUUGUUCAAAGAUGGAGAUUUGGAAGUUUUUGUUACUAAAUAUGAUCCGGAGCCUUUUGCUUGGGUUCAUCGCGCUUUGUUAGCAUUGUAUACGCCAAAAUUGGUUUUGUCUGAUGAUGGAACAGUGCUCAAUAAUCGUAUUGUUUUGAAAGAUCAUGAUAUCACCAAAGAACAGUUUUACGAGCUUCUGUAUCAAAUCUAUCGAACAGGACGUCCAAUCUCUUCAAAUUUGGAAAAUCUUUCAAUUGCCGCCACAAAAUUAGAUUGUGAAUUAAUUCUUUGGAAAUUGUGUCGAUUUAUGGCUGGCAAUUCUGAUGAAUUAAAUUUUAUUGAAAAAGUCAAGAAAUCUGCAAAAUUGGGGUUAAACGAGGCAAUUAAACAAAUUAGCUAUAAUGUUGUGAAGACAGGCGAAUGGGAAAUGUUGCAAAAUGGAGGUUUUGAUGCGCGUGAAUGUUUUGGUCAAAAGAUUUAUUGUAAUUAUGUUUUGCCUGCAAUUGUUGAGGCAAUCAACGAUAAAAAUAAUGUUAACAAUUCUUUUCUUCGUGCCUGUUUAUACGAACAAAAACAUAAAUGUCCAGUGCCUGGUUUUGAUAGUCCAUACGAAGCAAGUAAUCCAUUCAACGCUAGUAUCGAAUUGGAUAAUAAGAAGUUCAUUUAUGUGAAUAUUGGAAUUCUACAAGCAAAUGAAUGUUUGGAAAAAUUUGCGGGAUUUGAUGGAUCUGGUAAAUUUUCUUGA